AAUUGACAUUUUGACUAGAAUAAAAGUAGUGUGUCGUAAAAUCUUACUAAUGGGAGGAGUCGCCGCAGACGUGGCAACACGUGACGUCAUCAAAGUGGGUCCGUGCUGUUCUGGGUUUCUCUUUGUCCGACUAGCAGGCUGAGAAGAUGAUGGAAGAGAGCGGAAUCGAGACGACGCCUCCCACCAGCCCCUCACCUCCUCUGGCCGUUGCUGCUCCGCCCUUGACCGUAGGUAUGUCCAGCCCCUUGUCCAGCUCCAUGUCCACUGGCUCCCCAGCAGGCUCCGCUGCUCUGGCUCAGGUUUCCUCCUCGCCUGCAUUCAGUCGUCCCCAGGAUGCUCCAUCCUCCGCCUCCCCCCACUUCCCUCCUGUCUCUACAUUCACGCCCCCCUUCACCGGCAGCUCUCCGUUUCCUCCUUCCACCUCCCCGUCUUGUCCUCCUGUUAGACCACCUCAGCUCUCAGCACCUCCUGUAGGCCUGUCCACACCCAGCUUUUCCAUGAGCGCAGGGUACGACAUCACAAGGGGCCAUGCUGGUCGAACACCACAGACUCCACUGAUGCCAACGUUCUCCAGUCCUACAGCCGUACCAGGUAUAGUGUCGAAUCCCAUGGUUCAGCAGCCAGUCAUGACCGGAGGAUUAGACGCUGGAUCUUCCAUCACUUUUCCAGAGGAGCAGGAAGAUCCCAGACUCCCUGCAGACAUCAACACUGGUGGUGGCAUCUGGGGCUUUUUCAAGGGAGUGGCAGGUAAUCCUGUGGUGAAGACCGUUCUGGACAAAACCAAACACUCGGUGGAGUCCAUGAUCACCACGCUGGAUCCUGGCAUGGCUCCGUACAUCAAGUCAGGUGGAGACAUUGACAUUGUGGUAACUUCAGAUAAGGAGGUGACUGUGGAGGCGGUGAGGGAUGCCUUCCAGGAGGUAUUUGGGCUGGCCAUGGUGACCGGAGAGCCCGGUCAGUCCAACAUCGCCCCGCAGCCUGUGGGCUACGCUGCUGGUGUCAAGGGGGCUCAAGAACGCAUCGACAGCCUGCGACGGGCUGCUGUGAUUCAUGACAAGCAGCCAGUGGUCUCUUUAGAGAACUUCAUUGCUGAGCUUCUCCCUGACAAGUGGUUUGACAUCUGCUGUUUAAUCCUGGAGGACCGUGGUCAUAGCAUUCGCAUUGAGGUCUUCACGCAGGCGACUCCUGUGGCUCUAGAGCACGUCCAGCAGGCCCAGGCUCUGACUCCUCCCGACUACAGUCUGCGCUGGUCAGGUCUGAUCGCUACCGUGGGUGAGGUCCUGGAGCGCAGUCUGCCCAACAUCAACAGAACAGACUGGCAUCAAGCCCUGACAGGCAUGAGCCAGCGUCAGAUGAUUCAGAGCGCAGCCAAAGCUCUCGCUGGGACCUACAAGCAGCGGCUGCCGCCCAGAACUGUGUAAGACUGAACGCUGCAUGAUGGGAGACAUGAUUGAGAAACACAGCACAACUCCUCAAAGUUCAACUGCUCAAUUUAACAAUCAAUUGAACUAUUAAUCCUGCUUUACAAACGUUUACACUUGUGUAUGAACAUUUGUUGCUUACUUUUCUGUUUUUUUUUUUUGUUUUUUUUUUAAUCUUUGGCGUGGACCAUGUCCCGGCUCCGCUCUGGAUUCAACAUUUGUUCCCAUAGGUGCUCAGUAUAAUGCAGGCGAGCUGAAAACAGGUUAACUUCAUUAAUAAGAGAAAAACAUGGAUCUCAAAUGUAGCAGAACCAGUCUGCAAAAAAAAAAAAAAAAAAAAGCUGUAUUGGCAUUUUAUCAGUGGUCCAUGUCACAUGUCCUGUAUCCGUCCAACUGCGCAGCCUCCAAUUGAUGCUGCUUGCUGCUCAUUAAAUUCUACCUGACGAAAGCCUCUGAUGAUUAGAAACCUUUAUAUAGAAGUCCAUGUGUAACUGAAGAUGUAAGCUGCGUGAGGGCAGGAAAUGGGUUAUGUGGAGAAAGACUUUCAGAAUAUGAUGUACAUCACAAACAGAUUUGCACCAAAUUGGGUUUUACUGGCUCUAGGUUUUUAAUGGUUGACAUGAGUUACUGGGAUUAGACGCAUCCUUGGCCUGUAAAACAGUGUGUUUUCCUACCUGCCUCCUCCUGUAACGUUACAUAAUGUUGUACAGCGUGUGGUUUUGUAUUUGAUGUGGCUGCUGUAUUAGAGCAAACGCCUUCCGCUGCUUAAUCCUUAUAAUCUGUAGAUUAGCGUCUGGUCUAUUGUUCAUCUUUUUUUGUGAAGAAUCCAUUUAUUUUUGCAGAAUAUAUAAUUAAUUACUAAAACUAGGACAGGCCCUAGAUAUUUAACUCAAUCCCGUUUAUGGUCCAGCUUUGAAAAGAACUGUUGGGACAGAACAUUGUCGUCUAAAAUCUAAUUUCAUGCCUCAUAUCAUUUGAAUCAUGUGAAAACAUUUGUCCACCACAACUACCAUAAAUACCGUGUAAAAAUAAUGACUAGCAGAAUUUUGAUUCAUUUAAUCAGUUGUGGUAAGAACUUUGUGUUUAUGUGAGGACAUUCUUCCAUGUGCCUUUUACAAAUGACCAAAUAAAUGGCUUUGCUCUUGUGA